AUGUCUUACGACAAUAAGUUUAUAUCCAUACUUCUUCUAGCUAAGGUAGCACGAGGGAGGUGCGUGCUGGCCUCUGUGAUGGAAAACAAGUUCAAAGCCCACUACCUGAGACUUCCAAAAACCUUUAUAAUGCUUAAGGAAGACAAAAAUAGAGAGGAUCCGUGCCUCAACUUGCAAGGACUCACCUUCCUAAGGACGCUACAAUGGUCACCAGGUCAAGCCAGCUGGUCCCAAGAGUACGUGAAUGGGGCUUUAUCUGAAUUUUCCAACAAGAGAAAAAAGAUGAAAGAGACAAAGGAGAGGCCAGAAAUGCAAUGCAAUAGAAUUGUUGGGGAGGCGGUGCCGGUGAGGGGCUAAGGAGAGAGAGAGGGGAAGGGGCCCCAGUACCCACAUCCAUGGCUCGAUAAAAGGCUAACGCCGACGCAACCCGUGACCCUGGUUUGGAUCUUGUGGGCACCGCGCACGUUGCGUUGGACCCCCGCAACCCUCCAAUUCCUUUUGUAUUUUAUCUAAUACUAGACCAGACUAGACUAGACUAGAUGUCAAAAUUAUUUAGUGCUACUCUGUUUAGGGGUUGGUUAAUCCAUUUUAAA